AUGGCGACGGCUCUUCUCGUGGCCCAGACUCCAGCGGCGUCUGGGCAGAGGAUGCGCCGCCCCUCCAUCUUCAGCUCCAGCUCCAUCUCCGCCUCCUCCAUCUCCAGGUUCAUCUCCGACCACCCUCCCCUGACGCUGCUGGAGACGAGUUGCCGCAACAUGAAGGACCUCCGCGCUCUGCACUCGCAGCUCGUGAAGACUGGCCUGUCCGAGGACCCCAUCGCCAUCAGCCGCGUCCUCUCCUUUUGCGCCACCCACCCCGCCGGCGACCUCAACUACGCCCUCCGCCUCUUCUCCCGCAUCGCCUCCCCCACCGCCUUCUCCUGCAACACCAUCCUCCGAGCCGCCUCCGGCAGCUCCGCCCCUCUCCUCGCCCUCCUCCUCUUCCUCGACAUGCUUUCGCUCCUCUUCCUCAUACCGCAGCGCCUCACCUUCCCUUCCCUCUUCGUCGCCUGCCGCCGCCUCGCCCGCGCAGACGUGGGCGCCCAGCUCCACGCCAUGGCUGCCAAGCUCGGCUUUGCGGAGGACCCGUACAUCAAAAACUCCAUGAUAUCCAUGUACGGCUCCUGCGGGGACCUGGAGGCGGCGGAGAAAAUCUUCUCCUCCUCCAUCCGCAAGGAGGCAGUCUUCGACGUGGUCGCCUGCAACUCCAUGUUGACGGCUCUGCUUAGAAAGGGCCUGGCGCAGCAAGCCCGCCGCCUGUUCGAUGAAAUGCCCCAGAGAACCAUCUCCACCUGGAGCACCCUCAUGAGCGGGUACCUCCGGAAUGGCCUCUUCCAGGAGACGCUCUCUCUGUUCGGGGAGUUGCAGAGAACAACAACACCCGAGCUCCACCCGAACCCCUGCUGCCUGGUGAGCCUCCUCGGCGCCUGCGCAGGGCUUGGCGCGCUCGAGCAGGGAGAGUGGGCGCACGAAACCUUGAUACGUACCCACCGCGAAGCAGUCGACAACAACCCCAUCAUCCUUAACGCGAUCAUCCACAUGUACUGCAAGUGCGGCAGGCUUGACAAGGCCCUCAUUGCCUUCGAGGCCUCCCCAACAAGAGCUCUCUCGUCCUGGAACGCCAUUAUCGGCGCCCUCGCCAUCCACGGCCGCUGCCCAGAAGCUGUUCAACUCUUUUCCCAGCUAGAGCCCGUCCAUGGUCUGAAGCCCGAUGCCGUCACCUUCGUCGCCGUGCUUACCGCCUGCAGCCACGCGGGGAUGGUCGACGAAGCUCGCAUGAUCUUCGCUUCCAUGUCGGAGAAGCACGGCGUCGAGCCCGCCGUCGAGCACUACGGCUGCAUGGUCGACGCCCUAGCACGCGCGGGGCAUCUGCAGGCGGCGGAGGACCUGAUCCGCGGCAUGACGACGCCCCUGCGGCCCGACGCGGCGGUGUGGGGGGCUCUGCUCGCCGGGAGCAGGAGCCACGGGGACGUCGAGAGGGCGGCGCGGGCGGCGGCGGAGAUCCUGAUCCUGGACCCCGCCGACGGUGGCGGGUACCUGCUCCUGGCCAACGCCCUCGCCGGCUCCGGCGGGUUCGGGGACUCCGCCGCCGUCCGGGCGGCGGUGAAGGAGAAGAGAAUCCGGAAUAAACCCGGGUGCAGCAUGAUAGAGGUGAAAGGCGUGGUACAUGAGUUCUUAGCCUAG